GCGCUGCAGGCGUCGCCGAGCGGCCGUCCGAGUCCAUGUACUCCAAGGACGCGCUGGCGUCGGAAGGAUCCGAGCUGUGCUUCGAGGAAGCGCGGGCGCGGACGUACUUGCGGAAGAGGACGCUGAAGCGGGAGGCCGAGGAGCGGCUGAGACUGGAGCGUUUACUGAGGGAGGACGAGGAGGCCGUGGCCAGCCUGCGGCGCCAACUCCGCCACAUGGGCAGGACGCUGAAGGCGGGCCGCGGGCUGAGGGCGACGCCGACUCUGCUUUUGUUUCCCCAGAUGUCCGCCGCAGGAAGCGUCUCGGGCCGCCCUCCCCGCGAGGAAGGCCGCGGCGGAUCGCCGGCCCGGGGCGACCUCAAUGCGGCACAGGCCGGCGCGCUCGACGCACCCAACAACUCGCCGGGCUGCCCGCACGCCGCUCCGUCGCACGUGCCGCCGUCGCCCACCGUCAACACGCGCGAGGCCCUGGAUGUGAUCAUGGGAAUGUUCCAGGCGCCCGCGCUGACCGAGGCCUCCUCGGGUGACACGUCAGCGUUCGUCGCCGGCGGGAACCCGUCGGAUGAUGCAAACGGCUCCGACCCGCCGGGCAUUUCCGGCGCCGCGGGACCCUUCACCGUGUACCAAGAUGACGCCAGCGCCACCGCUUGCGGCACGCUGAGCAAGAGCAGGGCCACGCGAGGCCGAGGCUUGUCCGACAACUGGACGUACGGCGGCGCGUCCCGGCGCUCCACCGACACGUCGGACGAUGGACGCCAGGAGGCGGCGGCGGAGGACGGGCGGAGCCAGCGCGACCAGAGGGCCGCGUGGGGCGAUGGCUGGCUGGCGACGUGUCCCAACAACACGGCCGACUUUGCCCUGGCGGCGCGCUGCGUCUCCACGCCCUUCGCGCUCAAAGGGGCCGGCGCUGCCGCUUCCCAGGGCGCAGUGGACGCGACGUGCGCUGGCGGCGAGGCUGACGACGAGCCUUUCAUCAGGCAUUUGCACAAGCUCAGUCCCAUCAUGGAGCAGAGUCCGCCCGACCUGGAGCCUUCCGCCAGCGCCGCCCGUCGGUCGGCGGCCUCGGGGGCACAUGGCGGGACCGUCGUGAGCGAGGGGCUCGGCGCCGAGCAGCUACCCGCCCGCGCCGACGAGCGCGCGGCGAGCCCCGAACAGGAGCGCGGCGGUCUCUCCGACGCCGGCCGGCUGCUGUCCGAUCCCUGGAGCGACGGGCUCAUCUCCGACUUGCUGUCAAGGCUGAGCCCGCCGCUCACCUCGCACCCCGGGUGCGUCAGCUGGCGGCGCAGCCUCCCCGACAUCGGCGCCAAGAAGACCAUCAGCAUGGGAAACGCGCGCCUGCGGGUGGACCGCGUCCUGGGCCGAGGAGCCUUUGCUACCGUUUACCAGGCCACCGACCCCGACAGCUCCGACAAGGUGGUGCUGAAGGUGCAGAAACCGGCCAACGCCUGGGAGUUUUACAUCAACACGCAGCUUGACCGUCGCCUGCCUCCGAGCGUCCGUCAUUUGUUCGGCCGCAUCCGCUCGGCUCACGUCUUCACCGACGGCAGCGUCCUGCUGGGCGAGCUGCACGACUACGGCACCCUGCUGAACGCGGCAAACGUUUACAAAAGCGUCGGCGACAAAGUGAUGCCUCAGCCGCUCGUCAUCUACUUCACCGUCUGCAUCCUGCGAAUGCUGGAGGAACUGCACGCCGCCCGCCUCAUCCACGCCGACGUCAAGCCCGACAACUUCAUGCUCGGGCAAAGGUUCGUGGAGAACGACGACUUUGAGGCGGACGACCUCCGGCACGGCCUGGUCCUCAUCGACCUGGGCCAAAGCAUCGACAUGGACCUCUUCCCCCCGGGCGCCGCCUUCACCGCCAGAUGCUUGACGUCCGGCUUCCAGUGCACCGAGAUGCUCAGCGGGAAACCUUGGAACUACCAGACGGACUUGUUUGGCGCGGCCGGGACGGUCCACGUGCUGCUCUUUGGGACGUACAUGCAAGUGGUGCAAGAAGACGGCGAGUGGAGGACCCGCGCCACCUUUCGAAGGAAGCCUCACGGCGACAUGUGGCUGCAUUUGUUCCGCACGCUGCUCAACGUUCCCGGCUGCGGUCCGGCCCUCGCCGAACUCGCCGACCUCCGCCGUCGUCUGAGCGCGGUCCUGCGGCGUGACUACAGCCACAAGAUGGCGUCGCUCAAGAGCCGCCUGCUGGUCCUCCUGCUGGAGAGCCGCAAGGCCGCGUCGCGGCAGUGAUUCCAAGCGCUGGCUUGUUUAAAAAAAAAAAAAAAAAAAUCUCUUGCUUGUCUCCUUCGAUGUGUUGAAACAAUAAAAGCGUUGUCGUGUCGA